UCUUAACAGUUGAAAAAUAACCACAGACUUCUGGUUUGAAACUGGGUUGAUAGCGCACACAAAGAGCGACAGACAAAUUCUUCAAUUAAUUACUUGCAGCAAGUGACAAUGAAAAUUGCUGCGUUCAACAUCCAACGUUUUGGGACAAACAAGAUCUCCAAACCCAAAGUCCUGUCAACCAUCAUCAAUAUUGUGAUGCGCUACGAUAUAAUCCUGAUCAUGGAGGUGACGGACCGGACAGGCGAGGCAGUGGAAAUCCUGAAUCAGGAGUUGAAUAAGAACUCUAAAGAUCACCACUAUUCCUCCGUACUGAGCAAACCGCUGGGCCGUGGGAGUUAUAAGGAACAGUACCUCUUUCUCUAUCGUGACACUGUGGUGCAGGUGAAGAGGCUUUUGCAGUAUGACGACCUGCAGCCCGGUGAUGAGGAUGCCUUCUCUAGAGAGCCAUUCAUUGUUGAGUUCACAUCUCCAGCCUCAGGCAUGGAGGACUUUGUCCUCAUUCCUCAGCACACGACCCCCAAUGAUUCAGUCAAGGAGAUUGACGAGCUCUACGAUGUCGUCCUGAAAGUAAAAUCAGAUUGGAACACAGAGAACAUCAUGAUUCUAGGUGACUUCAAUGCUGACGGCAGGUAUGUAUCCAAGAGGAAAAUGAAGACAAUAAGACUUCGCACGGAUCCCAACUUCCACUGGCUCAUUGGAGAUGACGAGGACACUACAGCCAACCCCAACACAGACCAGGCGUAUGACAGGAUUGUUGUCUAUGGAGAUGCACUUUACCAGUCAAUCGUUCCAGAUUCUGCAAAGCCCUUCAACUUCCAGAAAACUCUGGAACUGACAGAUGAGGAGGUUCUGGAUGUCAGCGAUCAUUACCCCGUUGAGGUGGAACUCAAAUGGGCAAAAUAAGAGAAAAAUAUGCAUCUGGAAUUGAGAAUGGCACCCCAUGGAACAGAAACCAGCCCAUAUGGGGAAAUAAUUUACAUUCCAGUUCAGAAAAAAGUAAAACCAAAACGCUUCUUCAAGCUUAAUGCACCACCUCCUUUGUUAUCAGUUAGCACUAUAUCCUUGAGCAUUUGUACAAAAACUUUUUCUUCACCAGCUUGUUUUGAUCUUCUUCAGUCCUUGGGCCGUCCUUCUGAAAUCAAAAGGCGCUACAUAAAUGUAAUUUGUUUUUGUUCUUAGAAAGUUGCUGUUAUUCUCAGUCAGUCACACAGGAGUCAAGGAUUGCUUUCACUGAGGAUCACCAGUCACCAUAUAGAUGGGAACAAAAAUGUUCAUGAAAUAUGAUCGCAUUAUUUUAGUGGACUGCACAUGUACCAUGUGCUAUUGAUUAACAUAACUCAUUUCAGCAGCAUAUUCAGGGAACAUAGGGACCAGGAAGAGGCUACUCAGUCCAUCAAGCCUGUUCCACCAGCUUUAGAUCUUGGCAGAUCCUUUAACCCAAUAUCGCACCUUUUCACCGUACCACUUACUAAGUCUCUUGUCUGUCGCUUAUUCAAACCUCUAUCGGUUCACAUUCACCUCUUUCUUGGGCAGAACGUUCUAUAUCGUCACAAUCCUGUGUGAAGAGGGACAAACGUUUCAAAUCUUCCCUAUUCCAUCAUCAAAUUCCAUAAGCAAGAGAAUUGAUCCCUCCUUGGCUAUAAUAACCACAGCCUUUUAUCAUAGCCACCUUCAGACCAGGUAGUAAUCUAGGUUAGGAUAACUCUGAUUCCUGCUGGAUUAGAUACAAACAAACAAUUCUAUUUGAGAUUAGGAGGUUUGGAAGAUUGCAAUUAGGUCAGUUUUGGUGAUAUUGUUCCAUCACCAUUUCCCAAAGGCAGCAGAAUUUAUCAUGCCACACCAAUCUCCUACUUGUCUUUUGCAUUUCACUCUCGGAUAUACAGUAUUUUUUAAUAAGACUUGUGAGCAGGGAAACAGAAAGCAGAACAGACUGGAUACUAAACCUUGCAGAUUUUCAAAACCUUACGGAAAUUGCGACAGACAAAAAUCACUUGUUAAAAAAAUAAUCUGAUGAAGCAAUAAAGUUAUUUUUAAAAAAAGCUCGAGAUCAGGCUUUCAGCUUUGCAAUUUUCCCUAUUUGCCUGGCAAAAAGCACCAAUAUUUUGCCUCUAGGUGGCAAUGUUUGAUUUGUUAAAAACUGAAGGUUUUUCAGUGAGCGAUACCACCUCCUGUGAGACAUUCCAGGGUUGGCUUUCUCCGUGUCUUGUGUCGUCGAAGCUUAUUUGUGACCAAUUCCUGCCAUGUGAUGAUGCCGCUCACUUGUUGUGGCAUGACGGAAGCAAAGCUGUUAAUACAAAUCCAGAGUACAAAGGUGAGGAAGUUCUGCUAAACCUUUACAAGUCAUUGGUUAGGCCUCAGCUGGAGUAUUGUGUCCAAUUCUGGGCUCCACACUUUAGGAAGGUGUCAAGGCUUUGGAGAGGCUGCAGAGAUUUAGCAGAAUGAUACCAGGGAUGAGGGACUUUAGUUAUGUGAAGAGACUAGAGAAGUUGAAAUUGUUCUCCUUAGAGCAGAGAAAGUUAAGGGGAGAUUUUAAUAGAGAUGUUAAAAAUUACGAGGGUUUUUGAUAGAGUAGAUAGAGAGAAACUGUUUCCACUGGCAGGUGGGUCAGUAACCAGGUCAUAUAGAUUUAAGAUAAUUGGCAAAAGAACCAGAGGGGAGAUGAGGAGAUUUUUUUUUACACAGAGUUGUUACGGUCUGGAAUGCACUGCCUGAAAGGGUGGUGGAAACAUUCAAUAACAAUUUUCAAAGGGAAUUAGAUAGGUACUUAAUAAAUGAAAAAUUUUCAGGAGUAUUUGGAAAAGAGUGGGUGAGUGGGACUGAUUGGGUAGCUCUUCCAAAAAGCCGGCACCAACACAAUGGGCCGAAUGGUCUGCUGUGUUGUAAUAUUCUAUGAUUCUGUGAAUACAUAUGAAAUGCAUUAAAUAUUAAACCCAAGAAAGUGCACAAGCCUCUCAUGUUUAAUUUGCAGGAACUGAAUUUCAAGCUUGCAAAUGUUUAUUUUUUCCCCACUGAACAGGCAGGCGUAUAGGAGGGAGAUUCCCGUGGGUCUGACAGGCAGUCCAUCUGUCUCCCAAAUCAGAAUCUGUAUCUGAACUCCUAUUGUGGGAAUGUAAAAGGACUAAAAUACGAAAAGUACAGAGUGUCUAGACUACGAUAAGAUUAAAGUUGUUUUUUAAGCAACAAUGUAGAUAAAUUAGAGCAGAACCAGUGUCCUUGUCCUGUCCUGUUUGCAAAUGUAUAAUUAAACUUGUGAUGACUGAAUAUUGCUUGUCAAUCAACAGCAAGAAUUGUUUUGAGACAUGAGGUGAUCGCAAAUAAUCAUGUAUAUGAACUGAUGGGACUGCCCCAUUGGUAGAGGGAGAGUACCGACUCUUCUGAGAGACAUGCUAUUGUAUUGCCUCUCGCUUUCCCUCUCCUUGCUGCAAGUGUUAAAUAAACUAUAUUUCUGAGCUAA